AUGGCCUUGCAAACUGUCGACCACGUCGCUGUCAGCCUUGAUGCUCCUAACGUCGACCCUCUACAAGGAACCAAGUACGAUUUUAAGAGAGACCUUGUGGGCUACGGGAGAGAGUCUAUUCAUCCGCGCUGGCCGAACGAUGCAAAGAUCGCCCUUUCUUUUGUUAUCAAUUAUGAAGAAGGCGCUGAGAGGUCACUAUUGAAUGGCGACGGGCAGACUGAGAAUGUCCUAUGGGAACAGCCUCAUGUUGCAGAGCGGGUUGGAUCAAGGGACCCUAAGAUCGAAAGCGACUAUGACUAUGGCGCUCGUGUGGGGGUCUGGCGUCUUCUGAACAUGUUCGAGGAGAACAACAUUCGAACCACCAUCUACGCUGUCGGCCAAGCUCUUGAGAAAAACAUACCACUAGCCCGCAGUCUGGUCGAAGGUGGCCAUGAGAUCGCUAGUCACGGCUAUCGCUGGAUUCCUUAUCACAACAUGACCCCCGAAGAAGAGAAACGGUACAUGUUGCGGCAAAUGCAAUCCUUGAAAGCUACGACUGGGACAUUUCCCUCGGGAUGGUUUGUUGGGCGCUGUUCACCUCAUUCAAAAGCGCUGAUCCACGAGGUCCAUGAAGAGCUUGGCGUGCCCUUACUCUAUGAAUCGGACUGCUUUUCAGACGACCUGCCCUACUGGGCCGAUGUGCCUGCUGAGAAAAAUAGGGAAGAGCCCAAGGGAAUGUUGAUGCUCCCUUACAGCUACGACAACAACGACCUAAAAUAUCAGAUCGCUCCAGGCACGUGGGGGUCCUCGGGCGCUUUCCUAGAAUAUCUGAAGAGUUCUUUUGACGUCCUCUAUUCUGAAGGACUGAGAGGUCGACCUAAGAUGAUGACGAUCGGCUUGCAUUGCAGGAUCAGCGGCAAGCCUGGCAGGUUUGCGGCGGUCCAGUCUUUUGUCCAAUAUGUUCAACAGCAGCCUGAUGUUUGGAUUACGACCAGGAAAGAUAUCGCGCUGCAUUGGCACGAAACCUUCCCCUAUGUUAGGAACAAUGCGCCACUCGAUGAUAGCACGGCGGAGGGUCUCAAGACAGGUCCUUCAAAAGUCGAGAAUCUUGUCUAUGCUCGAAUUUAA